AUGACCCAAGCAGACAGUGGGUGGUUCGACUUCGUGUACGUGACCUGAUGUGCACGCAUGGAAGACCUUCGCCGUGGCGUGCAGCGAGCGACAAUUCUGGCGCGAGAAAUCGCUACCUGAGGUACCUCAUUCGUCGACCACAGCGAUCAAUGACUGCAUCCAGUCAAGCCGACCCGAAUGCUAAGCAGGAUGUACUCGCCAAUGACCAAGUUCUUGUCACCUUCGCUCUUCUGUAGGAAUGCUUCUUGUGCGACAGUCACCACCACGCUUUAGUCGCGUGUCGGCGCGCUGUUUAGACGGCGCUUAUCUGCAUCCGCCCUUUCCUUCCAACGCCCAUCACCUUCAUGGAUCGCUCGCCCUCUGUUCGGUCCUUCUCCAGCGCUGACAGCAUGUCGAUGCCAGCUGCAUCUAUACCGGGAUCGCCGAUUAUCUCUUCUACGCAUGCAAUUACGCACGAGGAUGAGCCUCGUGUCGUAGCGGCAGAGCAUGAUGGAUCCGAUGCGCCUGAGCAUGUCGGACCAGAUGCAGCCGGGCCUCCGCAGACUCAUCGCUUCUACCUCAAGGACGGGAACAUCAAGUUCAAGCUGGACGACGGAACGUUGUACAACGUCCACCGCUACUUUUUCGAGACGUACGCGCCGAAUUUCUCAUACGAGUACCUACACAAUGAGGGGCUCGCGCCCAUCAAGCUCCCCGGCGUGUCCAGCGUCGACUUCCAGCGAUUCUUGACCAUCAUCUACCCGACAAAGCUCGGCAAAUGCGACAUAAAGACUGUCGACGAGUGGACCUCUGUCCUUCGCCUUGCUACUAAGUGGUCUAUCGAAAGCCUGCGCAACCUCGCCGUGGAAGAGAUCGUGCCUCAGGCCUCUCCUUUCGACAAAGUCUCCGUCGCUCGCGAGUUCGAGCUGGGAUGGGACUGGAUUGUCCCUGCGUUCGUGGAUAUCUGCAGCAGACCGGCGUCCCUUACUCGUGCAGAGGCGGAGCAGUUGGGCUUGCCCACGGUGGUCGAGAUCAGCAGGAUUAGGGAGGAUGUGAAAGCAUCCGGCACGACCCAACCUGUGCUCGCUGCCGUCCGCACGAGUGAGGUCCUUAUGCCUCACGGGCUACACGAUGCGCAGCAGGCUGCUCACAUACAGGAUCAGGCGACCCUUUCGGGUUUCGUCGACGCCGACCCGGCGGCGGACGCAUCCAGCACGUCUGACGCUGAAGUGUCCCCAUCCCGCGUGCCUGCCUCGUCCGAAGCCUCUCUCGAUGAUUCCCUCCAGCAAUGCACUCUGGCCGAUAUCAACAAGCGGCUGGCUCACCUGACGCUCCAAGGCGCCGAAAUCGCUGAACAAGCCAGACACACCGAUACACCUCUCAAUCGUGCCCUAUUCGCCCUCAACCUGGUUCGUCGCAUGUCUAAGGAGACAUCAGUGGCCGCACAGCGACACCGUGCGUGGCGCCAGGAACGCGUGGACAGCAUCCUCAGCGAGCUGGGCAGCGAGGGAUGUCUGCCUAGUACUAACGCCGACGAGAUAUCAGGCGCGUGCGGGUUAUACGACCUGGGACACAUACGUGGGCGUCUCUCAAAGCUUCUCUGCGUGCGGCUCCGCGAAGGCGAGGUCGAGGAUGAAGACGAACUCAGUUGCCCACGGCACGACACGGAUUUCCUGAUCGUUCGCUUGGGUGCGGCGGAACACGCUGACAAGCGAGAGGAUUUGAAGUAUGCCCUCCAAAUCUAUGGCUGGAAGGUCGAGGACGUAGAUGACUAUGAUCUGCAGGUGUCAGUUCCUGAUAAGGCCUGCAACGACGAAGACGUGCCCAAGUAUACGCAAUAGGAUUGCUAGACUUCCCAGUACUCGAAUGUAGCUCAGAUAAAUCAGUCUACCCGUUCGCACAUCGUAUGAGACUUGAGACGGUAC